AUGGAAAAUAUUAUAGACAAAUAUAUAAUAAACGAUGAGGAUGUUGCUUUCGAAUACGAAUUACAAAAGGAUUCUUCAGAACAGGUGAGUUGGGCUCGAUAUCUAGAUUCCUGGAAAAAACAAUAUUCUGUUGAUCCUACUAGAAGAACCAUUGAUCAUUUAAUAUGGCUAUAUAAUAGAUAUGUCAAUCAUUUUAGGAAUAAUUUAGACCCAUGGAGUGAAUACAUUACAUGGAUGAUUCAGAUUAAUACGGUAGAAAAUAGGAAAUACACAGAUUUUAUAUUAGAUCUACAUGAAGAAUGCUUAAAACACGUUAAAGUUAAAGAUAGUGGGAAAAUAAGUAUCCAAUAUUUGAAAUUAGCAGUUGAAUCAUGUAAUCUGAGUCAUAUCAGGAAAGCAUUCGAUAUCUCUUUACAAAGAAACAGUCAUAGUAAUGGCAACAACAACAACAGCAAAGUAAAACAUGCAGAAAUUUGGGAAACACUUAUAGUCUUUUUGCAAGAGAAAUUAAUUCCUGUCUGCUCUAUGUUAAGGGAAGGUGAUAAUAAUGACGAUGAUUAUAUUCUUAAUAAUGAGGAUAAUGAUGAUUCUGAGAAAUCACAAUUAGAAAAAUUGGAAAUAUCAAUAUAUAAAGCAUUAGUCGAAUCUAAGAAUACUAAGAAGCUAAAUAACAGUAAAGAAAAUUACAAAGAAAGUGAAGUAAUUAACUCCAUUAAUAUAUGGGCAUCCCAAUUCUUAGAGAGAUACUUAAUAGUGUGUCCGAAUGAUAGGAUUAAUGAUAUACUUCUGUUACUUUCAAAAACAUUUGACCAUCAAAGAAUAAAAUUCUGUUUUGAUAAAUGUUUAUUCAAAAAUCCUAAAUUGACAACAUUUGAAGUUCCACUUUCUCUAUAUUUAAUCUAUUUAAACUGUUUAGAUCAAUUAUCGCUAUUAGAUGAAUAUCAAAAGUUAUUAGCUGAAUUAAAGGACAAAUAUCCAAAGGAGCAAGCACGAUUGAUAAUAUUUGAUAUAAAUCACUCCAUUAAGAGAAAGGAUGUCGAUACGUUGAGUAUUCAAAUGGUUCAAGAAUUAUCCAAAAUGGAAACAUUAAAAAAUUUUGUUACAUUAUAUGAUUACUCGAUUGACUUUGAACAAGCGUGUAUUAAUACUAUUUUACAAGAGAUGAAAGGGACCUGUAAUUCAGAUGAUUGGAAUUCCAAACUAAAUACGCAUGUGGUACAAUUAAGUAAUCUAUUAGAUUCAAGAGAUAUCAUGAUUAAUGAUUUAAAGUUAAGGCAAAACAUCAAUAAUAUUGAUUAUUGGAGAGAAAGAGUUUAUAUUAUGAAUUCUUUGGAGGACCGUGCUAAAGUUUAUUCUGAAGCUUUAGCAAAGAUUAGUCCAUUGAAAGUAAAUCAACCAGGCAAUCUAGGUAAAUUUUGGUGUGAAUACCUUAAAAUUUAUUGGGACACUGAGGAUUAUGAUACAGCUAGGGAGAUCUAUGAAGCUGGAACAAGGGUUCCUUUCCCAUUUUUGGACGACUUAGAGAUUGUUUAUCUAGACUGGGUUAACAAUGAACUAAAUACAUUUGGUAGUGAGAGGGCGCUUAAUAUAUUGAUUCAUAUUUUAGAGAUUCCUGAGUCAUUUGAAAGUUACAUUACAAAGUUUAAUGAAGGUCAUAAAACUGUUCCUGCACAGUCAGUAUUAUUUAAUUCAUUGAAGUUAUGGCAAUAUUAUUUAGAUUUACUUGAAAGCAGACCUUUAACAGAGGGAAAUGUUAAAGACACUGUUAACGCAUAUGAAUCAGUAGUAAAGCUUAGAUUAAUUACCCCCUUAAUGUUUGUAAAUUAUGCUAAUUUUGUAAAUGUGAGUGCUAAUGCUCCUCUAGAGAGUUAUAAGAUUUACCAAAGAUGUCUGAAUUUAUUUUCACAGUCAAUCAUAAUACAAUAUGAGAUAUGGAUGAAAUAUUUAUCUGAUGUGAUACGUGAUAUACCAGUUUCUGGAAUGAAGAAGGAAUCUAUUAGAGACUUAUUUGAUAAUUGUAUAUCAGAACUGAAAAAUCAACACGAAAUAGAUACUAUUUCGAUCUAUUUAAAAUAUAAUACAUUUGAAGAGGAAAUCAUUAACAAGAAUGUUCCAACAAGACAAGGCAUUAAUAUCCUAUUGGAUGGAGCAAGAUCGAUUGCAGAUAACUUCAUGGACAGUAAAGUUAAACUAUGGCAAUUAGCAUUGGAUAAGACAAAUUUGUUGUUAGGUGCAGAAGCUUGUAGACCAAUUUAUGAAGAAUGUGUGGAGAAGAUUACGCCAGACUCUAGAUGUGUUGAAUAUAUCAUUAAAUUCGCUAAGCUAGAAAUGGAUCUUCGGGAAUUCAAGCGUGUCAGAGAGAUCUUACGCUAUGGUGCCCGUUUACUGGCACCUGCUCUUAAUACAAAUUUGUGGAAUUUUUGGGAUCAGUUUGAAGUACAAUACGGUGACAAAGACCAAUAUAAAGAGAUGUUAACGUUAAAGAAGGAACUAGAAGACAGUAUGAAAGUGGAUAGUGAAGCUAUAAGUGAAGAAAACAGUCAUAUUCAAUUUGUUUCAGCUAAACGGUCUAAUAACCAUAACGAUAGGAGCAGCGAGAAGGAGUCUAACCCAAACGAAAUUGAUCUAGAUAUAUGA